GUUAUAUAUUUUUUCGGCUACUGACCUCCCUCAUUUGGUUGUUAAGAGAGGACACGUGUCAGAGUGGGAAUCUCACUAUUGGCUUUUCAGAAAGCAAGGUCACAGAUCCUGAAAUCUCACUGGGUAUUCGGCUAAUUAAAGAAAAAGGGCAGGUUAAAAGCUGAGGACAAAAAAAGUCUUGCUUUCGAGUGGGGAGUUGUGGAGGAGAGGAGUUUCAUUUUUACGUGAGUUUCUGUGCCGUCCAAAUAAACCAGGACAAUGCCAAUGACAGAACAACAAGCAGAUGCGAGGUCUUACCUCAGCGAGGAAAUGAUCGCUGAGUUUAAGGCCGCAUUCGACAUGUUUGAUGCUGAUGGUGGUGGUGAUAUCAGCACCAAAGAGUUGGGACAGGUGAUGAAAAUCCUGGGGCAAAACCCUACCAGAGAAGAACUGGAUGCCAUCAUUGAGGAAGUGGAUGAAGAUGGAAGCGGCACCAUUGACUUUGAAGAGUUCUUGGUGAUGAUGGUGCGGCAGAUGAAAGAGGAGGCAAAAGGAAAAUCUGAAGAAGAGUUGGCAGAGUUCUUUCGCAUAUUUGAUAGGAAUGCUGAUGGUUUCAUUGAACGGGAUGAGCUUUGGAACUUAAUUAAAGAAUCUGGAGAACAAAUCUCAGAAGAGGAAAUUGAUGAACUCAUGAGGGAGGGUGACAAAAACAAUGACGGCAAACUAGACUUUGAUGGUUUGUAUACAAGUACAAAAGUGAAUAAAAUAUUGGUUGAAAUAUUUAACUUUUAGCCAUGUCAAUGAAGCUAAACUCAAUCAAACUUCUUUCUUUUCCUUUCCUUUCCUUUCCUUUCCUUUCCUUUCCUUUCUUUCUUUUUCUUUCAUUUCAGAAUGGGUGAAAUUGAUGGAAAAUGUCCAGUAAAUGAACAACAUUCCUCAACAACCAUUAGUGUCUCACUUCUUCAGAAACCUUUUAAAAUGUCAUCUUCCAUCUCCUGCUCUACAAAUCCAUUACUUUUGGCUUUUGGCUCAGCCUCUCUUCAAGACCACAUUUAAAUAAAUUAGAACACAUAGCUUACUGUACAGUAUCUUGUGCCACAUUUCUCAUGCUCUACUGUAGCUAACUGAUCACCAGACAUUUGAAAGGAAUGUGAUUGCUGCAUCCAAUGCAAAAUUAGACAUAUUUGACCUAUACUCUGAAAUUGCUAGCACUGUUGCUACAAUUCACUCCUGCAGAGGAAGAAGCAACAUUCUAUGUAUGAAACUCUUAAUGAUUUUGCCAGCAGUCUAUAACACAACCAUAUAUUCCAAACC